AAUGAAAUGCAGGGAACGCUCAACGGAAGUUGAGGGACGGUUGCAAGCUUUUAUGAGGGGCGAGCUCAGACAAAAAAUUAAACUAUUGAGAAUUUGACAGUUUCCAGCGAUUUAAUCCCCCUUCCCUACUUUAUGGCUUCCAAUUCCAAUAUGGACAUAGAGGGCGCGACCCAGCACCUUCGGGACAUCUUAAAACUGGAUCGUCCCGGUAAUUCGGCCGAGACCUCUUUGGUGGAGAGCCAGAGAAAUCUAUCUUUCAAUGGAGAGUUGAAUGGAGUUCUUGGAGCGGAUAUUAUCGGAGCAGGAGGACAUGCAGCAAUGGUGGAGCCGACUUCUCACAACUCUGACAAACUUAAUGGACAGGACACACAGACCAUCUGCCUUUCAGGAGAUGAUGAGUCCACCUGUGUCUCCAUCAGAGCAAACAAUGUGGAAAUUGUGUCCAGCCGUGACUCUAGUAUUGACAGUAAAGCUCGUGGUAGCAACAAGGUUAAAAUUCAGCCAGUGGCCAAAUAUGACUGGGAGCAUAAGUACUACUAUGGCAAUUUAAUAGCCGUGUCCAACUCAUACUUGGCUUAUGCCAUCAGAGGUGCAAACAAUCAUUCUAUGAUCCGUGUGCUGCAACUGGGCUCGACGGAGCGUUCGCUGCUGAAGGGCUUCACCGGAGCAGUCACAGACCUUGCCUUCGCCCACUUGGACUCCACCCUCUUGGGCUGCGUGGAUGAGGCUGGAAACAUGUUCAUUUGGCAGCUCACUAGUCACAGCAACAAAAUACAAGAUGAAGUGGUCGUUCACAUCCGUAGGCCUGAGGACACUCCACUUAAUUCCAACCGCAGACUCAUCUGGUGUCCCUUCAUCCCAGAAGACAAUGAUGAGAACCCGGAGGAUGCGUGUCAGACAUUGGCACUGCUUCAUGAAGACAGAGCUGAGGUUUGGGACCUUGACAUUCUCCGAUCCAAUAACAGCUCAUGGCCUGUGGAUGCCACUGAACUGAAAGAGGGAUUCAUCACCAUUAGAGGACACACAGCACGCAUUAGUGAGGGAGCGCUGUCCCCUGAUGGCACUGUCUUGGCCACAGCCAGUCAUGAUGGAUAUGUCAAAUUUUGGCAAAUCUACAUUGAAGGACAGGACCAACCCAGAUGUUUGCAUGAAUGGCAGCCACAUAAUGGACGUCCACUUUCCUGCCUGCUCUUUUGUGACAAUCACAAGAAGCAAGACCCAGAAGUUCCGUUUUGGCGCUUCCUGAUCACUGGAGCUGAUCAGAACCAGGAGCUGAAGAUGUGGUGCACAGUGUCAUGGACCUGCUUACAAACCAUCAGGUUUUCUCCAGAUCCAUUUAACAGCAGUGUGCUACCCAGCCUGAAGGCCAGUUUGGACCUGUCUGCAGAGUUUCUUAUUCUUAGUGAUGUUCAGAGGAAGGUGUUGUAUGUCAUGGAGCUGCUACAGAACCAGGAAAAAGGCCGUGCCAGCUUCACUGCAGUUUCAGAGUUUUUGCUUACAUAUCCUGUGCUCAGCUUCGGUGUACAGGAUGUUGCCCGCGCCCGACUGCGCCACACUGAGGUCCUUCCCCCUGAUGAAGAAAGUGAAAGCAUGACAACAGAAGGAACCCAGGGACCCUCAGAGUCCAAAUCAGGAAUCCAGAUUAAACUCUACUGUGUGCAUACAAAAUCACUACAGGAUGUGCAGAUCUGGUUCCAGCCCAAUCAGGGGGCCUCAUCCUCCCUUUUCAUGCCUCAGUCUGGAUCCCAGGAUGGCUUUGGUUUUUCUGACCCGCUGGCCGAUCUGAAUGUGGAGGCAAUGAGCUCUGAUAAAGAGUCUGGUGACAGUGGAUCACAGAAUGACUUGAGUAAAAUUCUGCCUCUUCCAAGUCCAGCUGACUUCAUGAGUCCAGCCCCAUCAGCCUUGCCCAAACUCAUGACCCCGGACGCCUUUAUGACGCCCAGCACCUCUAUGCCCGCCUCUCCUGGCAGCAGUGCGAGCAGCCUGACCAUAGUCACGGCCAUGAGCAGCUCAGACAGCGGUGCAAGGGGCGGAGAUGAUCUGGCCCAGAGCCCUAAGAUGUCUGUCGAAUGUGGCAACAGCAGCUUGACUCUGAGUGCCAAUGCAGGCAGUCCAAGAUCCAAUUCCAUUCUCAUCUCAGGCCUUGGGGAAAACAUCCAGGUAUUAAUGGACAUGGUUUCCUCUCCAAAUCCUCCUCUCUCCCUGGAUCUCCAGUCCAUAGAGCCCAUGGUUGUCCCUCAAGCCUCUCCGACCAGAGCUCGCUCUCCGGAUGUCAUUUCCUCUGCUUCUACGGCAAUGUCCCAGGACAUUCCCGAGAUCGCCUCGGAGACCCUGCAGAGGGGACUGGCCAGUGCCGCUGCUGAUUCAGUCCCCGUCCUGCAUUCUGACAGCAUGGCGUCAGCCGCAUCGGUCCUCCACCUGCUGUCUCCGAGAGCCCGGAGCAGUGCUGAGCACAGUUUGCUGCCUCUCGAAUUGGGUGCAGCAUCUGUGGAUGGAGAACAGAGACUCAAUAACACACCCUCCCUACUGGAGACGGCUCUGUCACAGGAGAAUGCUGUAGCAGCUGGGGGUUCUUGUUCUGACAGCAGUGUGAACCAUGCAUGGCCGGCAGCACCCGAUAUCACACGAGAGACUCGCAACAGCCUGAGAGACAAUGGUUUGGGAGACUGCUCUAGGGAGGAAAUAAAGGACAGGCACAUUUCUUCUCCCUACCACAGACGCACCUAUCACCUGACUCAGAACGACAGUCAAGAUGCAAGUGCAGAGCAGAGUGAUCAUGAUGAUGAGGUUGCCAGUCUCGCCUCCUCCUCGGGGAACUGUGGCCCCCGCUCCUCGCACAGACUUCCUGUUAAGGACUGGAAAACAUCACCCCGCAGCUCCCCUAAGCUCAAGAGGAAGAGCAAGAAAGAUGAAGGAGAGUCCUCCCAGUCUAGACAGCUUGAGAACCAGAUGAGCACAGAGGUGCAGGAUGAGCUCCUGCAGAUGUUGCGGAGCCAGCAGAGGGAGUUAGCAGAGCUGAGACAGAACCAGCUGGACCUUCUGCAGAGAGUUACGAGCCACAUGGAUGCCAUACAAAGCUCCAUCAUGGCUCACAUUGAGCACUCCAUGUUGGCUCAGCAGGAGCAAGAACAGAGAAGAAUGGAGCGAAUUCUGGCUGAGGGACAAAGCCGGAACCAACAGCUCCAGGACCAGCUGGUUCAGCAGCUUGUCCAGACUCUGAACAAUAGUCUGUGCAACCGGCUUGACAAAGUUUUGCGUGAAGAAAUGAAGAAGAUCGUCCCACAGUCCAUAUCGAAGAGUCUAGAACCUAUUACCGGCCAGAUGAGCAGCACCAUCGCUGCCAAGUUAACCGCAGUGGAAGGAGCACUGAAGGAAAAUGUCACCAAAGUUGUUAAGUCCAAGAACACUACAGAUGCCAUUGGUCGUGCUGCUGCCGAGGCCAUGCAGGGCCCCAUUCAGGCAGCAUACAAAGAGACCUUCCAAAGCAUUGUGCUUCCCGUGUUUGAGAGAGGCUGCCAGUCCAUGUUUCAGCAAAUCAAUGACAGCUUCAAACAAGGAACCCAUGAGUACAUCCAACAGCUGGAGACACACAUCAAGAACAGGAAACAGCGGGACCAGGAUGCACGGGAUCCCGUGAUUGGCCAGCUGCAACAGAUGAUUGACACGCUCCAGAAUUCUCAAGACCAGCUGGCCACCACUGUGACGACCAGCGUGUGCUCUGACGUUCAGCAUCAGCUCCACAUGAUUGUGGGAAAUCUGCAAGACUCAAUCCUGACGCAGGUGCAACGCAUAGUGAAGGGAGAAGUGAGUCUGGCCAUGAAGGAGCAGCAGGCAGCCGUCACUUCCAGCAUCAUGCAGGCCAUGCGCUCGGCUGCAGGAACGCCCGUCCCCUCCACACAUCUGGACUACCAGGCCCAGCAGGCCAGCAUACUGCAGUUACUACAGCAGGGCCAGCUCAAUGAGGCCUUCCAACAGGCUUUAUCCGCAGCAGACCUGAAUCUGGUGCUGUACGUGUGCGAGACCAUUGACUCUCAGCAAGUGUUCAGCCAGCAGCCCUGUCCACUCCAUCAGGCCGUCCUCCUGUCUCUCAUCCAACAGCUCUCCACCAACCUGAGCUCACGCACAGAACUCAAGAUCAGCUAUCUAGAAGAUGCUGUGAUGAACCUGGACCAUGGAGAUCCAGUCACCAGAGACCACAUGUCUGCAGUGCUGACCCAGGUACGACAGAAGCUCUUCCACUUCCUGCAGCAGGACGCCCACAGCCCUCUGAGUAAGCGUGCACGGCGCCUCAUGAUGAUGCUGCAGGGCCUGGUCAAUCACUAGAACCCCUUCGGAUGGCUCAGCUGACAUCUUCACAACCCUCUCUUAGUCAGCGUCCUGCAGUCUCAAGACGGCCGUCAUGACCUCAUACCACCCUGCUGUUCGAUUGCUUUAUCUGUGCUCUGCAGCUUAUUGGCUCUCUCAGAACCUCUAUUGGAAGUUGUAGUCCAGACUUGGAAUUAAGAUAUAUUGGUGGGUUUGGACUACAUCUCCUCAUCCUUUCCUCCCUCCUUUAAAGCUAUUUUUGAUUUAAUUUCUCUGCACAUGUGAAAAAUCCUCAGUUUGUUUGCGGCACCAUCAUCAAUGAAGAACAGGACAUGGGAUACUUCAGUUCAGGAGGCUGUUAUUUUCAUUGUGCGUUCAAUACCGUGAGACCAUGACAUCAUGGUGGGUUUUUUUUAUUUUUUUUUAUUCCAUCUUUCAUCCUUGACAAGGAAUCAGGAACAAGACUGUGGAGAGCAUGAGAGAACGAAAUUAUAACAUGAAUUCUCAAAGUUUCUGCUGAACGGAUGGUUUUCUGGCUGCUCUGCUUUAUUCCUUUGUGUUUCUUUUGGUGAAGCGCCAUUAAAUGCUGCAGACAUGGAGACAUUAUCAUCACCUCAUGAACAUUAGCCCUGUUGGUUCGUGAUAAAGGUUGUAUUUAGGCCUCUGAUCCUUAUCUGAAUCAUCUGUUUUGCUGAAAAUAAUUUGGCCAACAUUCUGCUUUCUCAUGUCAACUGGAGCAUAAAGACAUGUUCCUGGAAUUUUUGUUAAUGCUACCAGGAUACGAAAAGGUCAAAGCGAGAUUUCUGUUCUAACAGUUUAACUUCUGGAUUAUUGCAAAAUCAUCCCGCACCGUUGAUACCAUGUUUUCCAAUCAAGAGAGCCCUGUAAAAUAUGUAAGAGGGCUUAUAUUACCAAGGAAUGCUAACCACAUAGUUAUUUAGGAUUUCUUCAAAAGGAACCUUGAGUCUGUAACCUGCAGUACAUCUGUAAGUCUCUAGAGGGCAGGCAUUUAUGUAUCUUCUUUCUAAUUUUAUAUGCUGGCUUCUGUGGAAGUUUUUCCUUUUCAGUUCUUCUGUGAAAUUACACUACAGCAAGUGCAACAGGGCUCUUAUUUUUGUUUAAAUGUGAAAAUGUUUCUUUCUGUAUCGUAGCCCCCAAAUAUCUGAAAGUGUUGGAGAAAGUGGCUGAAACUAGCCUAUUUUCUGCUCCAUUCUAGUCAGUUGAUUGUAUUUGAUUUAGACUGAGAUUGCCAACACUUAUUCAUUAGGAGGGACUAUUUGGUCAUGCUCUCUGAUAGAGGAAGAACAAAAAAAGAAAGUGCCUUAUCAGACUAUUGCGUAUCAGAUACUGGUAAUCAUGUCCUCAGACCCCACGAUGGGCGCCACAUUGGUGUGGGUGUGGCCUAUCUUCAAGCAAAUUUUCUUUCUCACUUUAACACGUAAUUGACGUUGGAAUGGACAGGUUUGUUACUGAAAAGUCCUGUAAACUGUGAUCGGAGUUUAUUUUUUCUGCCAUUAUUUCCUCACAAGUUUCAUGCUAAUGCAACAAGGAAGUGCCGGCCUCGUUGAUUGUGUUUGUGUUAACACAUUAUUCGUUCCCUUGUCAUCUUUAUUUUUAGAGCUGUGCAUAUUAUAUCCAUAGCCAUUUGCAGCAGUCUGUGUGGCUCAUUAGGACAUUUUUACAGGGUGUAGGCAAUGCGUCCUCUUUUGCUUUAUUCUCUUAUGUAAAAAAAAAAAAAGGCAAAAAAAAAAAAAAAGCUCUUUAACAGACAUGAGCCUGCUGUGCAAUUGAGGAUAAAUCUGAGGCUCUAAUUAGGAUAUAUUAAACUCAGCAUGCUUGCAUGCUACUGGUGAGAGCCAUGUAUUCAAACAAUAGAGUUAACCUGUUUUUACGAAUUUAACACCCCAUUUUGUUCAAGCUCUGUAAACUCGUAUUAAUCCCUUUUCAUUUCUCUUUCUUAAAUAGUAUAGUGUCCAGCAAAGAUGACCUGUGAUCGGAUAGACAGUUUUAUGUUAUGUCAGUUUGAAAUGUUAAACGUCUUGUCAGUUUUAAGGUUUUGUUGCAUUGCGAGAGUAAUUGGUUUCGAUGCUGUUUUAGACCCGUCUGAUGAUGUUGGGCUUACUAUACUAAUACGCAAUGCCUUCAGCGUUUGAGGCUUACACAAACCUUUUUUUCCCCCCUCAAGAGAUUUUCAUUGCAGGUUGUGUACGACAGUUUAAUUAUUUGUAAUUUUUUCCAUUUGUGUUUCGAUUUUUGUUCCUUAUGUUUGAAAUUAUGUUGUAUAUUUUACACUUGUUUCUUUCAUCCUAGACGUUUUGGAAUAAAAAAGGAAGACAUUGUUCAAUGUUCA